AUGACGGAACCCGUUGAUAAACGGCGAGAUAAGAACUCAAAAAGCCCUUGGGUUCUACAUGGUGCACUUGUGAUUGGCCUAGUUUCAGCAUUAAUCGCAAUCUACAACAUUCCCAUCCAAUUUUCUAGCUCACCCGAGCUGGACAACUACGGCCUUGGAACAGAGUCCGGAAUAUGCCCGCAAGUGCCAAAGCUAUCUCCAAGGAACAAGCAAGUCGAGCAGUAUAUUCGUGAAAAAGUUGACUCCGAGGAGUACCACCGAAAAAUUAUCAACAAGCUGUCCGGGAUUAUUCGCAUCCCAUCCGAGAGCUAUGACGACUUAGGACCAAUCGGCGAAGACGAUAGAUGGAAUAUAUUCUUCCAAGUGGAGGGCUACAUCAAAGCCAGCUAUCCCACAGUAUUUGCGAAUGUGAAGCUGGAUCACGCCAACACGCACGGCUUAAUCUUGACAUGGGAAGGCAGUGUUCCACCGUCAGAGGCUAAGCCAAUUCUCAUGCUCGCCCAUCAAGACGUCGUACCGGUGCUUGCAGAGAACGUCAAGGAUUGGACUUACCCACCCUAUGACGGCCACUACGAUGGUGAGAUUAUUUGGGGCCGUGGAGCCACCGACGACAAAGGAUACUUGAUAUCCAUCAUUGAAAGCGUGGACCUAUUGAUCAAAAGCGGCUACAAACCGAAACGAACGGUCAUCCUGGCAUUUGGCUGCGACGAAGAGAUUAGUGGCGAGAAUUGCGGAAGACCUAUCUCGGAUUUUCUUCGCAGGCAAUAUGGGGAUGAUGGGAUUUACUUGAUCAUGGACGAGGGCUCCACUGGUAUCCAGAGGGAAUUCGACCAGUCCUUUGCAAUGGUUAGCGUCGCUGAAAAGGGCUACUUGGACGUCGGGAUCAAUGUCUCGUCGACAGGUGGCCAUGCGAGUAAUCCGCCUGAUCACAAUGUCAUUGGUAUUCUAUCUGAAAUCGUGGUUGCAAUUGAAAGCAACCCAUUUUCAGGCAAGGUCACUCCGAAGAAUCCAAUGUUUCGCUUCCUUGAGUGUGGCGCCAUUCAUGCUCCCGAGUCGAGCUUCCCGAAGGCGGUUCGUCGCAAGCUGAACAAGGUUGCGCAAAACGACAUUAUGGGCCAGGAGCAACUUGCCCAUUCACUGGAUGAUAUGAGAUAUUUCUUCCAGACAAGCCAGUCUGUUGGAAAGAUCAACGGCGGUGUGAAGAUCAACGCCAUCCCCGAAACGGCGUCUACGUUGAUAAACCUGCGUCUCGCUGUUGAAACUUCUAUUGCUCAAGUCGAAGAGCACUACGAAUCUCUUGUCCAUAAAAUUGCACGAAAACACGGAAUGGCUUUUGCAGGAUUCCAUUCACCUUGCAAUCCCGCAGAGAAACGGAAAAUAUGCAUGUUUGGAGUUGACGCCUUAGAGCCAGCUCCCGUUUCUCCCGUUGAUGCCGAACCUUACCGCAUCUUGUCUGGCACCAUCAAGAAUGUCCUCAAGCCACUUGGCUCGGAUGAUCAGCUUAUCGUCACACCAUACUUGAUGCCAGCCAACACCGACACAAAAUUCUUUUGGGCUUUGACCAAGAACAUCUUUAGAUUCACCCCUGUGAAUCUGGUGGAAAACCUCAAUCGGGCCCAUACGACUGAUGAAUUUAUUCGAGCAGAGGAGUUCGUACGGGAGCCUCUCUUUUUCGCUACUUUGAUUUUGAAUGCCGAUGAUGUGGUGGAUUAG